AGCAAAAAAAAAGAAAGGAAACAGUAUUCCAUCGCCGAACUUAAGAUAAGCGAUAGCGCUUUAUAAUUUAAAGACACGACAGGUCGAUAAAAUAUCAUUUUAUAAAUGAUAAUACAACAGAGCCGAGUUUUAAAAAAGUGUUAGUUUGGUAUAAAGAAAAUUGCAUUCAGCAAGUACAGUAGGUUGUGCUAGCUUUUUAAGUGCAGUAAACUCAAAGAAACGGAUUUUUUUCAACACGUCUAACACGAUUCUCUUUCACCUACAACCGAUAGUUCGAGUUUUAAGUAAAACACAAUCGUUGAUUAUGACUAUUUUAAAAGGCAGUAAACUUGUGUUAGCCUUAACAAUUACUUUACCACUGAGUUCAUUCGGUUUUCCCGUACAAGAAGAAAAUGGAAUUAUACGCCUUGUAAAUAAAACACGCAUUUAUUGUGUGGACGAGAAAAAUGUUGAUUCGGCGAUGUUUACGAAUCCACCACUAGAAAAGGUUGGACAAGGCAAAAAUUUAGUAGAGUCUGAAAUCUGGGAAAACGACGACUGGAUAAUAAAAGAUUCAAAUCACUUGAUAUCAAGAAUAACCGACAAAAGAUGGGAAGAUUUUAAUUCGACCAAAACAGAUUACACAGCCUUUAAUGAUGUGAUGACUUCUGUAGCUUUCUCAGUUUACCAAGCAAAGGAAAUAGAAUUGUUUGCGCACGAUGGAGAAGCAAUGGAUUAUUUCCACAAAGAGCUCAAAAAUAUCGAAGGAUGGACCACGUUUAGUAUUUUUUUCAAAAACAACCAUAUACAUUACAUCAUGGAUAAUGAUUUGAUCCGGAGAUAUUUGAUAAAACCUACUUUUGUUGGGGUGAAAACUAAAAACGAAACAUAUUUUAAAAUUCACAGUUAUAAAUAUAAAGAAGCAACUAAUGUUACAAAUACAAAAAAUGGUCCUACGUCUUUGAAGAUUCCUACCAUCAGUAACCAUUCUCUUCUGGUUCUUUACAUUUCUUUAUGUAGAUCAUGUGUACUAGAAGUAGAAUAUGGUGGUGAUCGUACAAAUAUCACUUCAACCAUUAAGGAAACGGAUGAUUUCGAAAAAUGGGAGAUAUACAAAAUCAGUUUAAAUUCUUCUAUAGCAAAUGAAGUCAAUUUAAUUAGGACAAAGACUAGUCAAACAGAAGACGGAUACUGGAGACUGGAUGCAAGAUUACAUGAUAAUGAAUACAAUGUUGCGGCGUACAACAUUAAUUCUUCCAUCAACCCCGUGGAGAUAGAGUGUAAAUAUUUACAACCAUCAGACAUUGCGAAAGAAAAUAGACCGAAAAGAAAUGUGGAUUCAUCAAAAUUUUCUAUAGAUACUAAUUGUCCUUUAGGGAUGGUUGGCGCGAAUUGUGACAUAAGUUGUGCGAAGGUUCUAGGACAGCAAUAUCCGCACUGUCAGGGGCACCAGAUUUGUGAUUCAACGAACUGUGGAUGUGUAAAGUGUUAUACAGGGUAUUGGUGUGAUGAAAAGGUGGAUGACGGAAAUCAGUGUCCAGAGCACAAUAAGGAUUACCCGGAAAAUACGAAAGAAGGUAGUUCACGCAGCUGGAUGUUCUGGCCUAACAUAUUUUUAUGGACAGUAGUAUUAAGCGUGAUUAUAAUUGAAGGAGGGAGGCGUACCACAGGUCGGUGUACUAGACCACAGGUUCGGUUGUCUAGAGUAUCUGCUGUAACGCAGUGUGGCGAAAGUGAACACAACAUUACGUUGUUACGUCGAGAAAGUAACGCGUCUGCUCGAAUGUAGAUUGUGUAACGCGUAAGUAGAACUAAGGACAGAGAUAAUUGACCAGUAAAGUAAACGACCCGCGAAAUUUGAACUCAUUUCAUAACACGAGACCCGUAUUUCAGUUCCCCGUGUAAUCCUUAUGGGUGAAAUCGAGGCGUCAUUUCAACGCUUAAAUUCUACCAUUAAAGUAAUUUUCUUAUAUAUCCCAUUACCUGUACCAAUAAGACUGAUAUUUUUACUGUUAAUCUUGAUACCAAACAUGAAUCGAACUAGUGGUAUUUAAUAAAUAUUUAAAUUCAA